UUUAGCUGUACCUAUCCAACCCUGUCGGCACUGUGACCUUGCUUUCCUCCUACCUUUUUUUUUAAUUAUUAUUUAGUAUAUAUUAUUAGAAGAAUGUUAACUUUUUUUAAUCCCACCUCCUAUUUUUAAAGUAACUCUUGGCAAAAAAUAUAUUUUAAUUAUUUUUAACUUCUUCUAUGUGAGUACUUUGUUACUUCAAACAAAUUAAAUAAUCAAUCAUUUCUCGAUUUUAAAGUGCUGCAUAAAAUUUGACAGUUUGACAAAUUUUUAAUUAAAUUAACAGAAAAAACAAAAAUGAGUGACGAUCCUUAUGAUUUUCUCAAAGAGGAGCCUGAAAAGUCGUUUACAACACGAAUUGUUGAAAAAUUUAAGAGACAACCGUUUCUUUUUGCUGGAUGGUUGGGAACAAUAGGUGCUGUUAGCUAUGGAAUUCACAGAUAUAGAACAAAAGGUCCUACAGCAAAUACAAGUGUUUUUGCCGUUCAAUUAAGAGUUUUAGCACAAGGAGUAAUUGUGACAAGUCUCUUUUUGGGUAUGCUUAAUCAUUUUUAUGAUGAACAUUUUGCAAAGAAAGAAACACAAUUGAAAAAGGAUUGACUUUCAUGAGAUUUAGUAGUAAAUUCUAAAAAAAAGAAUAUAAAUAUACCUACACAGCACCUAAACUUGCAGCAAUAUUCUAAUAUUUCAGUAACACUUGCAAAAAUAAUGGCAAUAUUGAUGAAAUUUUAUGUGCUGUGGUAGUAGUAAACUCAAUUUUAUCGAAACUUAAUCUCAUUGGUCUGUUGUACAUUUAUAGAGUUAAAAAUAAAUAUUUUUGCUAUAUUUUUUUAUUCAAUUCCAAAAAGUACAAAGAAGAAAACUGUAAUCAACUGUAUGAGAAGUACAAAAAUAGAAAAAAAAUUUUUUUUCUUUUAAUAAUUUAUAACAACCAUUGUAUUUUAGUGUACAUAAACAGACCUUUUUAACAUGAUACUCUAUAUUGCAAUAAUUAUGAAUUUAUGUAAAAAUAUUAUUUAUUAACUGAUGAGUGUAAAUGAAAAUUAGAAAUAAAGAAAUAUUAUUUUAAAAAA